ACCGAUCAGACCGAUCCGCUGUGGACCUUCAUAGCCUCAUCUGAUCUGAGGUCAGAGUCGGACCCUCACUCCAGGAGUCUUUACGGCAGAUAUGCUGACCUAAAAUCAGCCGGAGCUGUGAGAUCAAUCAGUGUGAGCAGUGUUAUCCAGGUCAGAGGUCGUCAUGUCUGAGAACCAGGCCAACAACAACAACGUCCCUGUAAACAACAACAACAACAUGGGACCCAACAGGAUCCGAAACCCCAACGUCAACCAGAACCCCCUCAUCAAUGUACGAGACCGCCUCUUCCACGCCCUCUUCUUCAAGAUGGCGGUCACCUACGCCAGACUCUUCCCUCCCUCCUUCAGAAGAGUCUUUGAGUUCUUCGUCCUGCUUAAGGCACUAUUCGUCCUCUUCAUCCUUGCCUACAUCCACAUCGCCUUCUCUCGCUCGCCCAUCAACUGUCUGGAGGCGGUGAGGGAGCGCUGGCCUCGAGAUGGGAUCCUGCGGGUGGAGAUCCAGAGGAACUCCAGCCGGGCCCCGGUCUUCCUGCAGUUCUACGACUCCAGUGGGCUCCAGGAGGUGAUCCAGGCUGAGGAGGAAGAGGGGGUGGGGCUCAGUCUGGCAGCGCUGCAGGAGGAAGACGACGAGGAAGAGGAGAUGACUCUGGACAUGUUUGACAACAGUUCGGUGCAGUUUGAGCUCGACAUAGAACCUCGUCUGAAGCCGUCUGUGGUCGGAGGAGGAAGAGGAGUCAACGACAGUCAGGACGUCUCGUUCAGUCCCAACACUAAAGUCUGGCCUCAGGAGGAAUACAUCGUGGAAUAUUCUCUGGAGUACGGUUUCCUGCGUCUGUCUCAGAGCACGAGACAAAGACUCAACAUCCCUGUCAUGGUGGUCACGUUGGAUCCCACGAAGGACGAGUGUUUCGGAGACGGGUUCAGUCGUUUUCUGCUGGAUGAGUUUCUGGGAUACGACGACAUCCUGAUGUCCAGUGUGAAGGCGCUGGCUGAGAAUGAGGAGAACAAAGAACCUGAGUUUUCUGCAGGGUUCCUGAGGAACGUGGUGUCUGGAGAACAUUAUCGUUUCGUCAGCAUGUGGAUGGCGAGGACCUCCUACCUGGCCGCCUUCGUCAUCAUGGUCAUAUUCACUCUGUCGGUGUCUAUGCUGCUCAGAUACUCUCAUCACCAGAUCUUCGUCUUCAUCGUGGAUCUGCUUCAGAUGUUGGAGAUGAACAUGACCAUCGCCUUUCCUGCAGCUCCUCUGCUCACAGUCAUCCUGGCCCUCGUCGGUAUGGAGGCCAUCAUGUCAGAAUUCUUCAAUGAUACGACCACGGCUUUCUACAUCAUCCUCAUCGUUUGGUUGGCUGACCAGUAUGAUGCCAUCUGCUGCCACACCAACACCAGCAAACGCCACUGGCUGAGGUUCUUCUAUCUGUACCACUUUGCUUUCUACGCCUACCACUACCGCUUCAACGGACAGUACAGCAGCUUGGCCCUCGUGACGUCCUGGCUCUUCAUCCAGCACUCCAUGAUUUAUUUCUUCCAUCACUACGAGCUUCCUGCGAUUCUUCAGCAGAUCCGGAUCCAGGAGAUGUUGCUUCAGAACCAGCAGGCGGCUCAGGCGGCCAAUCAGACGGCGUUGCAGGACAACCUGAACAACAAUGACGCCGCCGCUGCAGGACCAGCCCCUGCCGACGCAGCCCAACCCCGCCCCCCCAGCACCCCACAGCCCCCGGCCGACCUCCAGCCCCCCCACCCUUCCUCUCCAGCAGGUGUGGGGGGCGGGGAAGUGAGGUCAGAGCUGAACUGGGUCGCUCACACAGCCGCCAUCAUCUCCGAAGCUCUGUCCUCCUCCGCCCACAACGUCUCGGUCGAGUCGGUCAGUGCAGGAGCGGCAGCCGGAGGUCAGGGGUCAGCCGGAGGUCAGGGGUCAGCCGGAGGUCACGGGUCAGCCGGAGGUCACGGGUCAGCCGGAGAGAUCAGUGUGGUGGCUGAGUUCUGGAUGGGAGGAGUGGGUGAAGGGGGAGGAGGGGGUGAGGAUCCAAACGUCUCAGUAGAAAUUAAAACCAGCACAGGAGGCGGAGCUCCACCAAGCCAGCCAAUAGGAGGGCUGCAGACAGAGGCGGGGCCCCCUCAGACAGACUGCCCCCCCCCACAGAGUUCAGACUGUGGAGCUCAUCAGACGUCGUCACUGACCUGAGGGUCGUCGGCCGUGACCUCACUCACCUGUCGGACACUGUGCCUCCGUCUGUCUUGAUUAACGAUUGAUUAUCUGACCUUUUUAAAUGUAAACAAAUUCCUGACUCAUUGCUCAGUUUAAUUCUGAAUCUGGUUCAGACGUGAUUCAGUUACUAUGGAAACAAAACAUGAAGCUGAGACUAGCCGUUUGUUAAAGUAUCGCCAUGGUGACGGUGUAAGGAACUCACAUUAAAUUAUCACCAUGGUGACGUAACCAAUCGGAGAAACGUUUUGAGUCUGAACAUGUUGGAUUCUUUUCUAGUUGCUGUUUUUCGUCUUUCAGGCGAAACAAUCGAAGUAAUCGAUCAUCUGUGAAUUACAAAGAUUUAAUUCAAGUUUUUCUGUUAUCGAGUGUUCGUUAAAUUUCACGUCGUAGGUACGAACCAAUGGACUUGGAGCUGAGGAGGUGACAACAUACGGAACCCGAUGAUCAGUUAUUGAUCAGUGACUGUAUGUUGAUUCGCUCUGGUUCUGACAGAUUGAAGCACAAACUCUGAA